AUGCAGGAUAAGUUGGUGCAACAUAUAGAGAAUCCUAAGCUUAUAAACAAAGUUAAAGAUGCUACUGAUGAUGUGUUCACGUGGAAUUCUAUUGAGGAUAAAAAAUUCAAACAAAGGGCCAAGAUCAAUUGGCUUGGGCUGGGAGAUGGAAACAACAUAUAUUUUCAUGCCCAAGUGAAGGCCAAGCAAAGUCAAAAUGAGAUGACUGCUAUUUGUAAAGAUGAUGGCACCCUGCUUACAAAUCCUACUGAUAUUGAAGCUGAAGUGCUACACUUCUAUGGGAAUCUUAUGGGCAGAGCUAAUGAUAACCAGACUGGAAUUGAUAUUGUUGUUAUGAGAGAGGGGCCCUAA